GCGGACUAGAGUGGGGACUCACUACCGUAUGCGGGCCCAUCCUCAUUUCCCGAUUGUCCAGGUGCAGCCGACGCAGCCAGUAUCGAAAGGGGCACGCACUAUCGACGGAUAGGUUCCUUAGCCGAUGGGCGAAAGUGCGGUGGUGUUGUGGGGCUCGAGACCUUGGAGAGUCAUGUUGAUCCGACCGGCAUCUAGUUCCAUAGGUAGGCCCUCGUCACGGACAUUCUGCUACCUUGGGCGUCGAGGUUGGUCCGCCAUCUCAGCUCCGCCACCUCAGGGCUCAGGGCAUGGUCCUCGACUCCAGCACUUUACCGGCUCCCGGAAGCAUCGUGAGCAGUUGGCUGUCGUACUUUCGCAACUUUCCGCGUUGGUCAGUUCUUUGCUUGUUGUGUGGACUCGAAGAACUAUGAUUCUUUCGACGCCGUCUGGGCACAGCACGGUUUUAUGGCUUCCAGUGAGAGGUGUCCGCGAUGGUUCGCACGUCCGACAUUGCUGAGAGCAGACUACGAGCAGACGACGAGGCAUGCUGUGAGGCAUACUCGGAAGCAUUAGAGACCCGGAGACCCGUCACUUGCACGUUGCACCGGCAUUCAGGGGCCUGGACCCGGCAGUGGUAACAUCAAACGCACGAUGGGGGCAAAGAGUGUCGAUUCA